CGACAUUAAAACUUUCAAAGUUACCAUCAAUGAUAUGAUCAACCAGUUGCGCGUUUUCGCGAGCGAAGUUUCAAGAGUUGCACGAGAAGUUGGAACCGAAGGCAUACUCGGCGGACAAGCGCAGAUUGCUGGUGUUCAUGGUGUAUGGGAAGAGCUCACCAAGAACGUGAAUAUCAUGGCAUUGAAUAUCACAGAUCAAGUACGGGAAAUCGCAGCAGUUAUGGCAGGAGUCGCUCAUGGGGAGCUUAGCCAAAAGAUUGAGAGACCCGCUCGAGGUGAAGUUCUUCAGCUGCAGCAAACAAUCAAUACAAUGGUGGACCAGCUUCGAAUGUUCGCUACUGAGGUGACUCGUGUUGCCCGUGACGUGGGAAUUGAGGGGGUACUUGGAGGACAAGCACAGAUUUCUGGCAUUCAGGGCAUGUGGAACGAGCUUACGGUCAAUGUCAAUGCGAUGGCCCAUAACCUAACGACUCAGGUACGCGACAUUGCAACAGUGACCCGUGCUGUUGCAAACGGAGACCUUACACAAAAGGUUCAGGCUGAUUGCAGGGGAGAGCUUCUUGCGUUGAAGGAGAUUAUUAACUCAAUGGUGGACCAACUCCGGCAAUUUGCUCAAGAAGUCACGAAGAUCGCCAAGGAGGUCGGGACAGAUGGAGUUCUUGGGGGGCAAGCCACAGUACAUGAUGUUAAGGGUGUUUGGAAGGACCUUACUGAGGGUGUCAACCAAAUGGCCAUGAAUCUGACAACUCAGGUUCGUGAAAUAGCAGAGGUCACAACUGCUGUGGCUGUUGGGGACUUGACAAAGAAGGUGACAGCUGAUGUGAAAGGUGAAAUUGCGGAUCUCAAACACACAAUCAAUGGAAUGGUGGAUAAAUUGAAUCAGUUUGCUUUCGAAGUCAGCAAGGUAGCACAGGAAGUUGGAGUGGAUGGAACUUUAGGAGGCCAAGCUGUGGUUGUCAAUAUCGAAGGGAAAUGGAAAGACCUGACAACUAACGUUAAUACGAUGGCCCAUAACCUGACUCUUCAGGUGCGCUCAAUCUCUCAUGUCACUCAGGCAAUUGCUAGUGGUGACCUGAGUAAAAAAAUCGAGGUCCAUGCACAGGGUGAAAUCCUGACGCUUAAAAAUACCAUCAACAAUAUGGUCCAGCAACUCGAUCGCUUUGCGCAAGAGCUAAAAAGGGUUGCCCGUGAUGUUGGAGUUGAGGGUAAAAUGGGAGGACAAGCGAAUGCAGUUGGAAUGUGUGGCCGGUGGAAGGAGAUCACUCAAGAUGUGAAUAUCAUGGCCGACAACCUAACAUCUCAAGUCCGUGCCUUCGGAGAAAUAACCAAUGCCGCUACUGACGGAGAUUUCAGCAAGCUGAUCACUGUCAGUGCUUCUGGAGAGAUGGAUGAGCUUAAGCAAAAGAUCAACAAGAUGGUUUCGAAUCUCCGUGAUAGCAUUCAACGCAACACCGCAGCUAAAGAGGCCGCGGAGCUGGCAAACCGCAGCAAAUCAGAGUUUCUUGCCAAUAUGAGCCAUGAAAUACGGACACCAAUGAAUGGUAUUAUAGGCAUGACUCAAUUGGGACUCGAUUCUGAGGGGCUUACUCCCUACAUCAGGGAAAUGCUGAACGUCGUUCACAAUCUUGGCAAUAGCUUGCUGACUAUCAUUGAUGAUAUCCUCGACAUCUCCAAGAUCGAGGCAAACCACGUGGUCAUAGAGUCUAUUCCAUUCAGCCUGGGAGCCACAGUUUUCAAUGCGUUGAAAACUCUUACUGUCGAAGCCAACGAGAAGGCUCUAGAACUUUCUUAUUGUGUGGAUGGUUGGGUGCCAGACUUCGUUAUUGGAGACUCGUUUCGACUUCACCAAAUCAUUUUGAACCUUGUUGGAAAUGCCAUCAAGUUCACGGAGCAAGGAGAAAUCCAACUCACGGUCAGAAACGCAGCGAAAGACAACUUUUCGUCUACGGACUAUAUGCUUGAGCUUCUUGUGUCUGAUACUGGGAUCGGGAUCGACAAUGCCAAACUAGACCUUAUUUUUGACAAGUUUCAGCAAGCCGACGGAUCCAUGACUAGAAGGUUCGGUGGGACGGGCCUUGGACUAUCAAUCUCUAAAAAGCUAGCGAAUCUCAUGGGUGGAGAUAUCUGGGUAUCUUCGCUCAUGGGUGCGGGCAGUACUUUUCAUUUCGUAUUCAAAGUCAAACUCGCCGACACGUCCUAUGGGGACAUGAAAAAACGGCUGGAACAAUACGCAGAUCAUAAAGCUCUGCUUGUUGCUGUCAAUGGUCAUGGAGACUCGAACCAAAUAAUUCAAAUGCUGAAGGAGCUCAACCUGAAUUUUGUUAUCGUGUACCCUGGGGCGCAAGGAGAGGGCGCUUGGGAUACCGAAGUCGCCCUCACGAACAGCUCGCAGUACGAUGUUCUGAUAGUCCAGAACAUGGAAUCUCUCGUCAAUUUAAGAACGUUAGACGAGUUUCGAUUCGCCCCGGCAGUUCUGGUGGGCCCAUCUAUGCCAGUAAGCAUGAAGGCAGCGAUGGAUUUGGGAGUCACCUCUUGCGUGAUAAGGUCAGGCCUCACAAUCGAUUUUGGUCACGGCCUACUUCCUGUUCUUGAAGGUUGCUCUACACGUUUGAGUACGAGACAAACAAAUCCUCUGACAAUUUUACUAGCCGAGGACAAUGAAGUGAAUCAGAAGGUUGCGGUCAGAUUCCUGGAGAAACAUCGGCACCAUAUUACAGUGGUUGAUGAUGGCCUGGAAGCUCUUGCCAAAGUUCGCGAACAAAAGUAUGAUGUGAUUUUGAUGGAUAUUCAAAUGCCUAAUAUGGGCGGUUUCGAGUCGACAGUCCGAAUCCGCGAGUACGAAGAGGAACAUGCUCUUUCGCGGACUCCAAUCAUUGCGCUGACUGCACAUGCUAUGUUUGGUGAUCGGGAUAAGUGUAUUGCGGCAGGGAUGGAUGAUUAUCUUUCUAAGCCGCUAAAUCAAAAUCGUUUGAUCCAGAUGAUUGCAAAAUGGGCAGGAAUGGUCCGCUAAGGAGCAGGGAACGGUGCGCGAGAAGAUUCAAUCAGACAGAGAUGUCGGAUGGGAAAAUGACUAGAAGUAUCCAUGUUGAAACUAGGCUCUGAUGCUCUUAAUCGUUGAUCUCUGUACAUGUUUUGGCGACAUAUGGUCUAUUGAGGCUUCCUGGUAUAGCAGGCGCUAGUGCGUUGUAGUACAGCCUCAAGUCAAUGAUACUUUCAUUAGUUGUUUGGA